AUGAAGGAAGAAAGUCUCACAGAAGACCCAAGUCAACAGAUAUUGUCGGCCAGGAGAGCUUAUGUCUUGAUGAAAAAUGGCAGCUACUCAAAAAAUGAACAGCUCAACUGGUUCUUCAGGCAUUUAAACAAAGUCAUUAUGGUGAACAAAGAAAAAAAUAAACCAGCAGAAGAUGACGAUGAAAACUUCGAGGUUCUCUCGGCUCUACCCCUGGACAACCUAAAUUACAACUACAUUAACCCAUCCCUAAAUUUGGCGAAACUAAUCCCCACGACUCAGGUGACAUUUCUGGCCGACAAGUACACAUUUGUCUUCAUGCUACACUGCAAUCCAUCGAUGGCUACUAUAGAUUUUAUGAAUUCACCAUCUGAUGUUCUGUUUGCGAAACUUUACCAAGCCCUUAGUAACGUUUUGACAUCAUUAGCCAAAGGGUUCUGCACACCUGGAUCAUCUGAUGUGUUCAUGCCAGAGAUCACUAUAUCUAUACUCAUCUUCACCUCCGUUGCAUCUUGUCCUAUGAAACAGGUCCUACUGCACGGAUGCAGACUGACUUCAGACAACGUCGACAACAUACUCGCGAACGUGAAAAAGGAUUUGAACGCAUUUGAGGAUAACCUAUCUCUAGCCUACGAAAAAAUUAUUCAGUCCCAAAUUAUUAAUAAUAAUAUAAAUAAUAAUAAUAAUAAUAAUUACAAAGAUGAUGGUUCUGAUUACCACAUCAACCGACCAAUCAAAAAGCAGGUCGAUGCUGAUUCGCUGAACGAGCAAACCCCCACCGAGCGAUGUGGUUGGACCUUGGGCUCGAAUGAUGUCCUAUCUUCACAGAACGUCAACAAAGAUGUUAUAUCUUCAGAUAAAUGUUUCUCCAUUAUUCUUAGGCAUUGCCUGCUGUUGCUGAAACUACAAAACCACGAUACGUCAAAUGGUAUUGUUAUCAUUACUGACGGCGUGAUGGGGACGUCUGAUUCGGUGUCGCUUGAGCAGUCACUGCAGCAGCUUAGAUCUGAUCAUGUGGCUCUUUCGUUUGUGCAGGUAGGAUCAUUACCAAGCCCACUUGAAGGCCUGGACAAACGUUUCGUCGGCAACCUACCUAACGUUGAGUUCAUGCACUUUGUGUCUUUGGUUACGGACGGUUCUCUCAUCAACUCUUCUGUCAGAUUGAAAGAGUCGGGCGACACGGUCUGGAACGUGGUACACAGGGGCCUGUUGUGUCGCGACCUGUGUAGGAGCGCGGGUCAAAGUUUAACAGAGGUUGAUCACGAUUACGAAUCGUCCUGGUUGUCGGCGUCGAUGAUGCUUUCGUAUAUCGAGUAUUCCCUGUCCUCCUCUGUCAUGACCUUGCUCUCCUGCCGGGUCAAGGAGGGCUACUUGCUGAGCAGCGUCUGCGUCAUCAGUGACGCCGAUGAUGACACAAAGUUUGGAUUGCAUCUAGUCUUACCGUGGAGAAGUUCCAUAUUUGUGCAUUACUACGUAGAAUACAGUGCUAAUACCAAUGUAAAUCACAAACGUCAGUUGAAAGCCUGUGUAACUAUAGAGGCCCCGAGUCAAUUCAUCACCGACCUGUACAGAUCCAAUCUUGAUAGCUUAUCACCAACCACAUCCAACAGCACAACUACUGCUGCUGCUGCUACCACUGCUGCUAAUACUACCGCUGCAGCGACUACUACCGCAGCUGCUGGUGGUGGUGGUGGUAAACCUGGUGGCGGGGGUGGCGAUGGUGGAGGAAGUAGUAAUAUUUUGAAUCGUUUCAAAUAUCCUUCCAAGAUUCUGAAGAGAUUUGUGCAGUAUAUUAAGACGAUAACUGUCACUGACAAACUACUUGCACACAUCUACCAGUUCAACACUAAGGAAGCCUACUACAAUAUGUCGGAUGGUUUGAGGAGUGGUGUCCCGGUACUUGUCAGUUCAAGUGCAGGCCUUUCCAGUGCCGAAAGGCCUGUUGUCAAUCCCUAUUUAGUCAAUGCUAACAUUAGCGAGUUCAUCCAGUUUUGGAAGCAGCUGACAUUCAUCGAUACGUCAAACUGGAUGAAAUGGUUUACAGUUCGCCGAUUUGACGUCUUGCUAGAACACGACGAACCACUGUCGAAACACAUCCAGAUGUCCUGGAGCAAGCUGGUGCAUUGCAGACAGGCCCGCGAUGCUCUGUCGCAAUGUUUGCAAAGGAACACAAGUUUUGUACUGGUAGAAGGACUCGUCUAUAUUGGAUUUCUCUAUGGCCAAUCACAUGAGAGACCGCCUUCAGACAAAAUAGCCCCCAGUUCAUUUUUCAUUGUGAGAUUGGAACUUAAAUCUUCAUACAUCAUCGUUCACGUCUUCUUUCUCGGCGACCAGUGUCCUGUGAAACAAACGAUCAAUCGCUUGAAAAGUGAAUUCUCGAAACUGCACAUCUUCCACAAGUGUGCCCCUGUCACUCUAUCCAAAGUCAGCCAAUCAAAGAAGACCGCCAAGUUCUCAUCACUCCCCCAACGGAAACCCCACACCAGUUACCUUACAAUAAAUAAACCAUUAGUUAUAGCUAAGCAGCUAACAGCUGUUUCCACAGCUGCUACUGCUAGCACAGCUGAUGCUAGCUCAUCUGCUACCACUACUACUGCUGAUACAACUGCUGCUUCUGCUGCUGCUGCUACGACUGUUUCUGCUGCUAAAAUGGCCGGAGUAAAUAGUAGUUUGGCUGUUUUUUGUUGUCAUGUUUUGGAAAAACUGAUGGAAAAAAUUCAAAUUAGCUAUGACAAAGCGCCUACUGAUUUUUCAAAGACUAAGCUCCUUCCCAUUCUUGACAGAAACAAUGCUGCCCUUUCGGCAACUGCAAUCGCUGCAAAUCCACUGGCGUCCAUAUCGAAUUUGCUCUGCCACAAAAGGUGGAUAUGGUCUCUUACUCCCACCACCACCACCACAAACAACAACGUCAACAACAAAAACCUCAACAACAGCGUUAGCUUCAAAAACAUCAACAACAACAACAAUAAUAAUGUGGUUAAUUUUAGCAGCAACGUCAACAACUACAGCAGCAACAAAUUUCAUUCUCAUGCCGCCAGUAGUAACAACAACAUCAGCAGCUUCAACGCUAAUUACGUUAAUGCGAGUGUCCUGGAUAGGAUUCUCUACAAUAUCAUUAGAUUGAGAUUGGAGGAAGGCUUUCAUUUUCUGAGUUGCAAUCCUGACGUCAUCAAGAUGGCAGCCGAGUUUGAUAUGGUGGUAGCGACAUCAAGCGGUGGCAGCAGCAGC